GAUCGUCUUCAAUCGCUCCUGGGAUCUAUCUAUUGCUUCAGCGUUCGGGCAUAUGGCGGCUUCGCAGGUCCCGAUGGUAGGCCUCCCCGACUCCGAGUCGCGCCCGCCGCAUCAGCCGCUCGCCAGUGAUACUUACACUUCUCAACAUAUCGAAUGCGUCUGUGGUCGAGCGAGGAGCGGUGAAACUUCUACAUUGACUUCGGACUCCGAGUGGGGACUAAUGCGUGCAUUGACCUCCAUCACCCUGCGUCUCCGAGUACGCGCGCGCCCGCUGGAAGCCGACAUCUCCUUCAAGUCCGGAUCGCUACUCUGCCGCCGGCAUACAAGCACCAGGAGGACAGGCGCACCCAUACAGACAGCUUCGCGAGGCCCUGGGGCGCCACGCUGACGGUGAUAGGCUCACGUCGGACGGUGUGCAUGAGCCUCAGGAUGGUUAGCUCGAUGCUUCAAGCCCUUCACAUCACCGCCCGGUGUUCACUUGUCGGGCCCCGUCGUCGAGACGCGCAAUGCCUGUGUCUCGGUCGAGGGCCUGGAAGGAGAUUGCGGGCGUUGCGCGUAUUCAACUCGGUCGAGGGCUGGGAG